CGCAUCGGCCGAGUCAUUCUAGCGCGUCUAGCACUGCUGUACAUGAUGAUGUCGAAAAGCAACAGGCAGACCGUCCAGAUGAGAGCAGCAAAGACCCAAAUAUUGUCGAUUGGGAUGGCCCAGAUGAUCCGGUAUGUUGUUUUCUUGACCUAUUUUGGAUUCUGGAACAUCACUGAUCAUGGAAUCGAUCUUGCCAGGAGUAUCCCCCAAAUUGGUCUCGAGCUCGAAAAUGGAUGAUCAGCGUCAUAUUGGGUCUGAUGACCGUGUCAGUCACAUUUGCCUCGUCUGUCUUUAGUACGGCGGCCUCGGUGACGGCCGAGGAGUUCG